UAUUUUAGAGGAAGAAGAAAUACAAAUAAUAAUAAAAAAUGGGUCUGGAUUAUUACACCAUAUUGAAAGUUGACAAGAAUGCAACGGAGGAUGAUCUCAAGAAAUCUUACAGAAAACUGGCUAUGAAAUGGCAUCCUGAUAAAAACCCUACCACCAAAACUGAAGCUGAAGCCAAAUUCAAACAGAUCUCUGAGGCUUAUGAGGUUCUGAGUGAUCCUCAGAAGCGAGCAGUAUAUGAUCAAUACGGUGAAGAAGGGUUAAACGGUAUGCCGCCUCCCGGGAGUACAGGAAACAACGGAAGAGGAGGCGGUUUCAACCCUAGAGAUGCAGAAGACAUAUUUGCAGAGUUCUUUGGAAGCAGUCCGUUUGGUUUUGGUUCAGCUGGUCCUGGAAGGUCCACAAGGUUUCAGUCCGACGGUGGAGGAAUGUUCGGAGGAAACAACGGUAGUGAGAACAUGUUCAGAACUUACAGCGACGGCACUGUGCCUAAGAAACCUCCACCCGUUGAGAGCAAGUUGCCUUGUAGCCUUGAAGAGUUGUUCACUGGAUCAACCAGGAAAAUGAAGAUCUCUAGAACCAUUGUUGAUGCUAACGGGAGACAGGCGCAAGAGACAGAGGUUCUAACGAUUGUUGUGAAACCAGGAUGGAAGAAAGGGACCAAGGUCAAGUUUCCAGACAAAGGAAACGAGCAAGUGAAUCAGUUACCAGCUGAUUUGGUGUUCGUGAUAGACGAGAAGCCGCACGAUUUGUUCAAGAGAGAUGGGAACGAUCUCAUCACUAGCACGAAGGUGACGCUUGCGGAAGCUAUAGGAGGAACAACCGUGAGUGUGAACACGCUCGAUGGGAGGAAUCUACCCGUUGGUGUCACGGACAUCGUCAGUCCAGGGUAUGAGCUCGUGGUUCCCGGAGAAGGGAUGCCGAUAGCUAAAGAAAAAGGAAACAGAGGUGAUCUGAAGAUCAAGUUUGAUGUUCAGUUUCCGACAAGGUUGACAACGGACCAGAAGUCUGCACUCAAAAGGGUCUUAGUUGGUUGAAGAGUUGAGAUUUGGAAAUCAUCUCCAUGCUCACCUUCCGUUGUUGUUCAUUAGUGGUUUCAUGUUUAUGGCAUGUUCUUGAUAUGUCUUAAAAACAAUCUG